CGGAAACAUUCACAACGUACCACUUUCUUGCCUACACAUACGGCAUCGGGUGUUCCGGUGGUAGAAACAGGAGCGGCGAAUACCGCCGAUACUCGAGUCUAUGACCCGAGCUUGGGGCUGGCGGUGCGUUGGCCGCAGCUGCUGCUUGCUGCAUUCCAUAGAGGGGAAGUAUUUAAGUGCAAUUGGAGCCUGAGAUGCUGAUUGAUCCCGCGCAUCCUACUAACUGCCUAUACCUAUACCUACACUCCGUCACGCCUACCUGCCACCUACCUACCCAUACACCCUACCGAUCUCCCAUCAAAAGCGCCAACUAUCAACAAACGCAAUGUGUAUAUUUCUAGUCUCUACCGCUCAUCCCGACUAUCCUCUCAUCCUCCUCUCCAACAGAGAUGAGUUCCUGCACCGGCCAACUCUGCGCGCCGCGUUCUGGGAUCCUCCACACGAGAACCUAUUCUCCGGACGAGACCUUGCCAGACCCGAGAAAGGCACCUGGCUAGGAGUCUCCAAGGAGGGCCGUCUGGCGAUCUUGACCAACUACCGUGAAGCAUCGUCGGCACUGGCGAUUGGCGAGAAGUCGCGGGGGGCAAUGAUCACGUCGUUCUUGGCCUCGCCGGAUCCCGUCGAUACCCCAACGAGUGUCUGGCUCCGGAAGGUUCUCGACACCGGCGAGAUGAAGGGCGUCGGUGGAUUCUCGAUGAUGUGCGGCUUGCUGAGACCGAAGGGCGAGAACCUGGAAGGGCUGGCCAUCAUCUCCAAUCGGACACCUUACCGUGACGACGGAGUCGAGUCCACGGCCCAUUGGAUCGGCGAGAAGAAGGGUGAGACCAGAGGCCUGAGCAAUUCUCUGUUCGACAGCCCAUGGCAGAAGGUGAAGCUCGGGGAGCAGCUACUCGAGGAAACGAUACAGGUGUCGGUGGAGGAGGAGGGGGGCGUGUCGGAGGAUGAGUUCCUCAAGAGAUGCUUCGCCGUUCUGAGCCACAACACCUUACCGCUGAUCAGCAAUGACGACACGUACGAAAUCGAGAUGAAUGCCCUCGAGCUCUCGAUUUUCAUCCCACCUUUCGACGCCGCAGCGGAACAUGCCACCACUCCCCACGGACACCGAGCACAGACCCCGGAUAUACCGGAAGAACAGCUACCACCCCACCCCGAAGAUAUCGCUUCCGGCCGGCCGGAAAAUCUCCGAAGCACGGUCGUCGACACGGGUGCUGGGUCCACGCGGUUGGACCAUCUCUGCUGUGAAUCGCCGGUGACGCCACUGGUUCCAUCGAUGAGCGAGGAGGACCUCACGAAAUGGAGGAAAUCCCCACGGCUUUAUGGAACCGCACAGCAGACGGUGAUCUUGGUCGACAACAGUGGCCGGCUUAAAUAUGUCGAGAGAACGCUGUACAACCGUGAGGCACGGCCGCUCGAUGCGAAGGAUCAAGACAUUGUGGUCGAGUUUCAGAUUGAGGGUUGGCCGACAGCUGCAUAGGGCCGAUUAUUUCGGAUGACUACUUGUCUGUCUUGUGAUGAUUCAUGUUAGCGGGUAUUGUUUUUGCCGACUGUAUAAUAUUUGAUACCACUGUGUUUUUUGUGUAGUCACCUGUCAACUCGCUUGGCUUUUGUACUGGCUGUCCUAUGGGGUUGAUUCCCUCGUACCGAUACCCACCCAAGUACUUGGUUAUCUACAUAGCAAGUACUCACACUCUUUUUGAAUUUGUGGGGGAUCCGGGUAGAUGUAGAGAUUCCAUGGUGGUGUGCAUGGCGCCUAUGUACCGGUGUACCGGUGGGCGUGAUGCUUUGGCUUUCCCACUGAGCUGCAUGGAAUCCGGGUAUUACCUGGAGUACAUAGCCUCCAUCUCAGC